AUGGGGACAAUAAAGGUGGCAAUCUGUUCCAGAGACAGUGAACAGAAUUAUGAAUGGCUGAUAGAUUUUCUAGAGCAGAGAAUGUGUCGGAGAACAAAGAUCAAGGCCCGGCCUGUGUUCAUAAACAAUACUGCGUCUCAGUUUCAUCAAGAGGUCUCCGGGUAUGACUUCGCCAUCUUGUAUCAUACUAAGAAGCGUGGGAGGAUAAAUAUCACCAACGUGACCGGCUCCCUCUAUGACGACGAGCUGAAAUUUCUUCAUAGAAGGUUUAGAGGGAAGAAUGUUGUGGUGAUUGAUGAUCUGGAGAACAGUGAGGACAGUGAAAAGCAGAGAAUCUUAGAUGAACAGGAUGACCUGCGUACAUAUGCUUCGGGAGUAUUCCUCUUCACCCAGAGGGACAAAAAUCAAACUGAAAAUCCUUUGAAGAAAAUGGAGAAUAACAAUGUGCAAAAGAACCUGAAGAAAUUAAGGAAGUACAUUAAGAAAAGCAAACGCAGAGGAGAUCCAUCUAGAUUCAGAGAA